CGCGGUAGUUCUCAGCUGCCGGCAUCUGAUUAAAACCCUAUCUCUCGCUGUGAGUGGCUAACUAAUCUGAAGGCUAGAGCGCAGCCGGAUAUUUAACCGGGCCUACGGUCCCAGUUAGGCUACCGGUUUGCGGUCGUCGGAUCAUGCACGGAGCGGCACGGAUCUAGCCUCAAGUAUUGCUGACCACCAUCUCAUCAUGUCAACUGAAGCUGAAACUGCUACUAUCAACAGCCCACCUGAGCAACAACAGACUCCACCAAAAGCACAACCUACAAAAAAGGAAAAAAAGAAAGGACCAGAAAAGACAGAUGAAACACUCUUGGCCAGAUUCAAGGGCGAUGGCGUAAGAUACAAAGCUAAACUGAUUGGCAUUGAUGAUGUCCCAGAGGCAAGAGGAGACAAAAUGAGUCAGGAUUCAAUGAUGAAGCUGAAGGGAAUGGCAGUGGCAGCCCGUUCCCAGGGUCAACACAAACAGAAGAUCUGUGUGAACAUCUCGCUCUCUGGCAUCAAGAUAAUAGAUGAGAAAACUGGGGUUAUAGAGCAUGAACAUCCAGUGAACAAAAUCUCUUUUAUUGCUCGUGAUGUAACAGACAACCGUGCCUUCGGCUAUAUAUGUGGAGGAGAGGGACAGCACCAAUUUUUUGCCAUAAAAACUUCACAACAGGCUGAGCCUCUAGUUGUUGAUCUUAAGGACCUCUUCCAACUAAUAUAUAAUAUGAAGAAGAGGGAAGAAGACAGCAAGAAUGAAGAGGCAAGUAAGACUGAGGAUGGUGGUGAAAUAUCAUCUUCUGAUCAACCUGACAAAACAAAAUUGGGGAUUGAGCAGAUGAACUUGUUUGGGGAUAUGUCAACACCUCCUGAUAUGAACAGUCCUACUGAAGCUAAAGAGAUUCUGUUAGUGGAUCUAAAUUCUGAAAUUGAGACCAAACAGACUUUUACAAAAGAGGAUCCCUUCUUGAAUGGCAAAGCAACCUCUCUUCCACAACCAAAGCCACAAACAACCUUCGUGCCUGAGAGUUCUUUCUCUGCCAAUCUCAGCUUCUUUCCUGCACCUAAUCCAGACCCUUUCAGUGAUGAUCCUUUCGCACAGCCAGACCAAUCUGCACUACCUUCAUUUGAUUUUCUAAAAUCUGAUGAUGAGAAACCAAGUCUGAGUACCUUGACAUCGGUGGGUAAUGGUGCUUCAAAUGGUGAUGUUGACUCCUUUGGUAAACAGUUUGACCAGAUUUCUAAUAGAACUGGCAAACAGGCACUAAAAAGUCCAUGGCUGCUUGAGAGUAAGCUGGCUGCAACAAGAACUCCCAAUGGGGUACCAGAGAGAGAACAAAAUGGCUUUCUUAAAGCCCCAUCAGACCCGCUUGUGGAAGGUCCUUCUCUGCAGAAUGAAGUAAAGCUGGAUUCUGAAAGCUAUGUCCAGCUCCUAUCACAUGAGUCUGUAACAAUUAGCCCACCACCACAAAGUACCAAGCCAGGAAGAGGAAGGAGGUCUGUCAAGACUACAUCACACAACUUGUUUAGCUCAGACUUCUUUGCACCUACUACAGAGAGCCUUAGCUUGACUUCAUCGGCACAAACAGGAUCUGCGCUACCUAAUCCAUUAGACCUCUUCAAAAUUAGUUCAACCACAGAGUUUCCAUUGGUCAAUCCAGGUGGCUUGCCAGUAACUCCAUCGCCAUGGAGCGUACAGACUAACAUCUUCAGUCAGGCUUCAUCAGUCUUCCCUGGAUCUCUGUCUGCUAAGCCUACAGGAUUUACUUCAGUUCCCUUUAGUGCUCAGCCAGUGUCAGGCUGGAGCCAGUCUACAUCUUUUGGUCCAACAGCCUCUCAGGCUGCUGCUAUCUGGGGACAGCCAGCACAACUUCCAUCUAGUUCAUGGGUCCAGCCAUCCAGUGCUGUAAAUCCCUUCCAGAGCAAUAUGUUCUCCUCUUCAACACUACCUACUCAGACACCAUCAGUACUGCCUUCUAUGUCAGCAACAGCUAGCCCACCUCAGCCUCCACCUAGAACUACACCUCAGAAAGAGCUGCCCAAGAAAGAGAGUGAUGUUUUUAUUGAUCUGGAUCCCCUUGGUGAUAAAGAGAUGAAGGAUGUUAAGGAAAUGUUCAAAGACUUCCAGCUGACAAAGCCACCUGCAGUACCGGCAAGGAGAGGAGAGCAACAAAUUAUUUCAGAACCACCAAAACCUGUUCCCAGUCAAAGUGUGCUACCAGCUGAUGACCUGCUUGAAAGUCAAGCUAAACCAGACCCUUUCAGUGCGUCACCUGAUGAAUCUCAGAAAACAGUUUCUGGUCCUUUUGGUCAUUCUUUUGGCAACCUAUUUGAAUAGAUCAGGCAUAACUAGAAAAGGACAAGUGGAAUAACUGGACCUCCUAAUGUGAUUUUUCUACAUGUUUCACUUUGCUGUCUGCCACUCCUGCUGCUGUUCCGUGAUGUCUGUAAACUAAAAUAUGUUCUGGUGGAUUGCUACUUACCCUCAAAGAAGAUGCUGUGAUAGAUGACAGAUGAAAGAAGAUGGUAAAUCAGGGCAAAACAAAUGGACAGUUAAACACAUGCUGGUGGAUGUUAACUUUUAUUUCUUUGUAAUCUUUGUGGAAGAGUUUAAGAAAGCUAAGUCAUGGAUCCUGUGAACAGUCGCCAAAAUUCCUUUCUGCUGCACUUAUUGCUCUAAAAUACAGGAACUGAAUGUACUUGGGGUAGAAGUGUUGCAUUCAAGUAGGGGAAAUGAACUUCUAAGGAAAGCUCUGCACCUUUAAACAACUAGUUCAGGUGAUUGUUAUCACAGCAGCAUCUAGUUGUAAAGUUGUGGGCACUACUUAGUUUUAGUUGGUGACUGGAUGUAUGACAUAGUCUCUGAGCUGUAAAGAGUAGGGAGUGGGGGUGGAGAGCAAUACUUGUUUAACAGCAAAAGUAUCAUCCUGCCAUAAAUGUGUAAUAAAGGGACCAACUGAAGUCUCUAACAACUGCUGAAGUCCCCAGUACUAGACAUCCGCUCUGUAGGGUCAGUUAAGGUGAAAACAUCUCUUGCAGUAUAGUGAGGAAGUCACUGGCACUAGCUGUUAUCUUGGUGCUAACGCAUCUUUGCUUUCAGGGAAGGAAAUCUACCAGGAUUAUUUUUCUAUGAAGGAGAAUUGGGGGAUAAAUGGAACAAGCAGAUAAGCUUCUUGCACGUAUCUCAGUGAACAUUCUUGAUGUUGCUCAGUUUAAGUUGUCACUUGGUAUAGUUUCCAGUGUAUUUGAAAGCAAAAUGGCAAUCAUAGCUUCACUCUGUGCCUAGAUUCAUUGUGAACAGCUGCACCACCCCUGUGUCAUUGAUGAGGUACUUCUCCAUCUCUUGGAAACCAUGCCUUUUCUAAAGCACCUCUUUACUAACAGAUCUCAAAUACAUUUUUACUCACUUUAACAUCUAUGUUCUUAGCCAGUGGUGGUGAAAGCUGAUUUGUUGGAGUUUAUAUUAAUGCUGAGUAUAAACAUGAAAUAUUAUUGUUGAUGCCUAAGCAGUUAGUGAACUGGAGAGUUAAAGUCAACACUAAUACCACCCUAAUAGCCAAUUCAGCCAGUCAUGCCAUUAGUCUUGCAUAUAAACUUCUUGCACUUUCUGUAACACAAGAGAAGCUAUGAAUUUAAGUGUGUUUCUCAAACUGGAAACUUAGAAACUUAUGGGUGUUACACUGUUACAAAACGCUAAGUAUCUCAAGUGGUAUUACCUAAUGGCAAUAAACAGAAGCAACUCUUCAUACCAAA